CAUGGCCCUGAGAGCAUGUGGCUUGAUCAUCUUCCGAAGAUGUCUCAUUCCCAAGAUGGACAACACUGCAAUUGAGUUUCUACUGCUGCAGGCAUCAGAUGGCAUUCAUCACUGGACUCCUCCCAAAGGCCAUGUGGAACCAGGAGAAAGUGACUUGGAAACAGCCCUUCGGGAGGCUCAGGAGGAAGCAGGCAUAGAAGCAGACCAGCUGACCAUCAUUGAGGGAUUCAGAAGGGAGCUCAAUUAUGUGGCCAGGGAGAAGCCUAAAACCGUCAUCUACUGGCUGGCGGAGGCAAAGGACUACGACGUGGAGGUCCGUCUCUCCCACGAGCACCAGGCCUAUCGCUGGCUGGGGCUGCAUGAGGCCUGCCAGUUGGCUCAGUUCAAGGAGAUGCAGGCGGUGCUCCAGGAAGGACACCAGUUUCUCUGCUCCACAGUGGUCUGAACUGACCAGAUCAGGGUCUUUUGCCUCCGUAGGAUCCUUGAGGGCUUCUGAGGUGAACUACCUUUGCUUCCAGGGAAGCCUGUGCUGGUCUUUGGCUCAUUAUAGCAGAUUGCAGACAGGCUGGUAAAAUCAGCUGAGGACCCUCAGAGAAGAGCAAGCAAAAAUCUCAGCUGGGUGGAAGGGAAGGGAAAGGAGUUUAAAAAAAAAAAAAAGGCCAAGCCCAGUGAGUGCAUCCUUAUACUUUAUGAAUAAACCUCAAGCAGCUUAUCUCUCCUUCUAA